AUGUAUGUGAAUGUGCUGUCAAUAACUCCGCUUAGUACAGCCAAAUUAUGUGACGUGUCAAUAGAUCAACCCACAAAUGAAGAACAGGAAGAGGAAGUGGCAGAUGAGUCUGAUCCACAGGAGGUGACAGAUACCUUUGCAGAGAAUCCAGCGGAGGAGGCUGAAGAAGAAUAUGGCGAUCACGUAGAAGAAGAGGAAGAACGUCCAAGGCCAAAACCAAUGAUGCCGCAGCUUGCUCCUCCUAAAAUUCCAGAGGGUGAGAGGGUCGAUUUUGAUGACAUCCACAGAAAACGUAUGGAGAAGGAUCUUCUUGAACUCCAGACUUUAAUUGAUGUCCACUUUGAACAACGCAAGAAGGAAGAAGAGGAGUUAAUUGGCUUAAAAGACAGAAUUGAACAUCGAAGAUCUGAACGAGCAGAGCAGCAGAGAUACAGGACAGAAAAGGAGCGGGAGAGACAGGCCAGAAUGGCUGAAGAAAAAAUGAGGAAAGAGGAAGAAGAGGCGAAAAAACGUGCUGACGAUGAUGCCAAAAAAAAGAAAGUCUUGUCCAACAUGGGGGCCCAUUUUGGGGGCUACCUUGCAAAGGCAGAGCAAAAGAGGGGAAAGAGACAGACUGGGCGUGAGAUGAAACGGAAGAUUCUGGCUGAGAGACACAAAACUUUAAAUUUUGAGCAUAUGAAUGAAAAUCAGCUGAGAGAGACAGCUAAAGAACUUACUGAUUGGAUGUAUCAGCUUGAGUCUGAAAAGUUUGACCAAAUGGAGAAACUGAAAACCCAGAGAUAUGAGAUCAAUGUCCUUUACAACCGCAUUAGUCAUGCACAGAAAUUCAAAAAGGGAGCUGGGAAAGGACGUGUUGGAGGACGCUGGAAAUGAGAAGACUGUAGGUGCAAUUAGAAAACCCCAAACACAUCUAGAUUUCCAAACUGAAAGAGAACAAUAAUCCUGUCAUAAAUUGGCUUCUACUUUAAGAACAUAAACUGUCUCUUAUGUAUUGAGUCCUUGCUAAAUAAAAAUAAUUCAUCAAAAGUA